AUGACUUCAAAUCGUGCUUUUCGUGGCUGCCGAAACGUUCUGAAUGCGUUUUAAGUAUAACCACCUAGCAUAAUGAACAAAAAAAAACUAAAGAUACUUUAUCUCCAAAAAAAACAAAACGGUAGUUACCGCGACAGAUGUCUGAAAUAAUAUCGACUGAUGGGUGUUUUGACUCUCGGCGCGUUUGGAGACGUUCUGACGGGCAGCAGGCUGACUGACUCCGCCCUCCGGCACCUGUAAAUCUGCCCUGAACGGGCAGAACGGAGCUGAACGCAACACGUUAGUGAAUGAGAGCGCACGGAAGAUCCGCGGACGCUCACGCAGGCUUUAAAUCGCGGGGAUGUUUUCCGUCCUGAUGCACGCCCGGCGCGCGAGCUCGCCCAAAGACGCCACGACGCGCUUCCAGUAGGAGUUUGCGUGCGUUUCGAGAGCGACUUUUGAGCCGCGCGUCACCGGAGAACCGAGCGGCGGGCGAGAGCGCAGAGCGCCGCGGGAGGAGAGAGCGCGCACGCGGGGCUCUGCCCUGCCAAACAUGGCUGAUCGUCGGGAGCGGGGCGCUGCAGGGAUCUCCGGAAAGCCGCUCGAUGCUCCCCACUGAAGAACCAGAAGAUGACGACGGCGACGAGAAGCGGCUCUCCACAAUAAUGACCUACCCGCCCUCGGUUCGGAACAUGGCUGUGAUCAUCCCCUACACCAAUGAUAUACUCUGCGACCACAAAGGCCAGAGGAUGUGGUGGGCUUUCCUCGCCUCCUCCAUGGUCACUUUCUUCGGGGGUCUGUUCAUCAUCCUGCUGUGGAGGACCCUCAAGUACCUGUGGACGGUGUGCUGCCACUGCAAGCGCAAAAAGAAGGACGUGCUGCGGGUCAGUAACCCGGCGGUGCUCGGUGACGGUGUGAUUAAAGCGGCGGGUCAGCGGGAGACGGAGGCGGCGGCCAGCGAGGUGGGCUGGAUGACCUCGGUGAAGGACUGGGCCGGGGUCAUGAUCUCUGCUCAGACGCUCACGGGACGUGUUCUGGUGGUGCUUGUCUUCGCUCUGAGCAUCGGAGCGCUUGUGAUUUACUUCAUCGACUCCUCGAAACCCAUUGAAUCCUGUCAACAUUUCGACAAGGACUACACCUUGCAGAUCGACAUGGCCUUCAACGUGUUUUUCCUCUUGUACUUCGGCCUGCGGUUCAUCGCAGCCAACGACAAGCUGUGGUUCUGGCUGGAGGUGAACUCGGUGGUGGAUUUCUUCACCGUGCCGCCCGUGUUCGUGUCCGUGUAUCUGAACCGGAGCUGGCUGGGAUUGAGGUUCUUGAGAGCCUUGAGGCUGAUCCAGUUUUCAGAAAUAUUACAGUUUUUAAAUAUCUUAAAAACAAGCAACUCCAUAAAGUUGGUGAACUUGUGCUCAAUCUUUAUAAGCACGUGGCUGACGGCAGCGGGCUUCAUACAUCUGGUGGAAAACUCAGGGGAUCCUUGGGAAAACUUCCAAAAUUCCCAGCCGCUUUCCUACUGGGAGUGUGUGUACUUACUCAUGGUAACCAUGUCCACAGUGGGUUAUGGAGAUGUUUGUGCUAAAACAACCCUCGGCCGCCUUUUCAUGGUCUUCUUCAUUCUCGGAGGAUUGGCCAUGUUUGCCAGCUACGUUCCUGAAAUCAUAGAGUUAAUAGGAAACCGCAAGAAAUAUGGUGGUUCCUAUAGUGCAGUGAAUGGGAGGAAGCAUAUAGUGGUCUGCGGUCACAUCACGCUGGAGAGCGUCUCCAACUUCCUCAAAGACUUCCUACACAAGGACAGGGAUGAUGUCAAUGUAGAAAUAGUUUUUCUCCAUAAUAUUUCCCCUAAUCUUGAGCUGGAAGCCUUAUUCAAGAGACACUUCACACAGGUGGAGUUUUACCAGGGAUCCGUCCUCAAUCCUCACGAUCUCGCUCGAGUCAAGAUCGAGUCAGCCGAUGCCUGCCUGAUCUUAGCCAAUAAAUACUGCGCAGAUCCCGACGCUGAAGAUGCAUCCAAUAUCAUGAGGGUGAUAUCCAUUAAAAACUACCAUCCAAAGAUACGAAUCAUAACACAGAUGCUGCAGUACCACAAUAAGGCUCAUCUUCUGAACAUCCCGAGCUGGAACUGGAAGGAGGGCGAUGACGCUAUCUGCCUCGCCGAGCUGAAGCUGGGCUUCAUCGCUCAGAGCUGCCUGGCCCAGGGGCUGUCCACCAUGCUGGCCAACCUCUUCUCCAUGAGGUCCUACAUCAAGAUUGAAGAAGACACCUGGCAGAAGUAUUAUUUAGAGGGAGUGGCCAAUGAAAUGUACACCGAGUAUCUGUCCAGUGCCUUCGUGGGUUUGUCUUUCCCCACCGUCUGUGAACUCUGCUAUGUGAAGCUGAAACUCCUGCUGAUCGCGAUCGAGUAUAAAUCAGACCAGAGAGAAAGCAGGGGUGGAAAAUGCACACUGAUCAACCCGGGCAAUCAUGUGAAGAUGCAGGAGGGAACUCUGGGCUUCUUCAUCGCCAGUGACGCCAAAGAAGUGAAGAGGGCACUUUUCUACUGCAAAGCUUGUCACGAUGACAUUACAGACCCGAAACGGAUCAAGAAGUGUGGAUGCAAGCGGACCAAGAAGCCUGCCUACGAGAGAAUGCAUCUGGCAUGUUGUGUAGCUUGCGGUGGGGCAGAACGUGGCUGCUCGUGCAUGUCAGACAGUGUGGCUAGUAACAUGGAGGUGCUGCACCGUGGCUUCCCCUUCUCUCCCGUGUCUCUGUAUGAUAACAAGACCACUUUAUGCUCCUCUAAAAGUAACUAUAACGGAUACAUCAAAUCAAUAAACGAUGAGCUCGGUCCAACAUUCCAGCCCCAGAAUCCCAAACCCGUCCUAAAGCGAGCUCAGUGCGCAGCGAGAGCGCCUCCUGCUGUCCCGGCCGUCCGUGUGUCCGUGCCUUUAGUAAAUAACCGUAAAGGCAGUCUGCUGUCUCCGGCCGCCUUAUACCUGCACAGACUCAGUCUGGCCGGCUCUAGAGAGCUGUAUGCGAGCGGCGCAGGAGCGUCUGAUGCCAGCCGUCUGCAUCGGGCCUGUAGUCUGCCUGUUAAAUACAGAUAUCAUUCCAGCCACGGCUCCAGCUCCACACUCUUAGUGGAGGAGGAGCAGCAGUCGGCUCUGUCGCCCAAGAAAAAGCAGCGUAACGGAGGGAUGAGAACGUCGCCCACAUGCUCGCCCAAAAUAAUAAGGCACGACCCGUUGUUGUUCCCCGGACACGAUCAAAUGGAAACGAUGGAUGAGAACAUAAAGAAAUAUGAUUCGACGGGAAUGUUUCACUGGUGUCCGUCAAAAGACAUAGAGAAGGUCAUCCUGACUCGCAGCGAGGCGGCCAUGACGGUUCUGAGCGGUCACGUGGUGGUCUGUAUAUUCGGCGAUGUGAAGUCGGCUCUGAUCGGUCUGCGUAACCUGGUGAUGCCUCUGAGAGCCAGUAACUUCCACUAUCACGAGCUGAAGCCCAUCGUCUUCGUGGGAUCUCUGGAGUAUCUGAAGAGAGAGUGGGAGACGCUACACAACUUCCCCAAAGUCUCCAUCUUACCCGGAACGCCGCUGAGUCGGGCCGAUCUGAGAGCGGUCAACAUCAACCUCUGUGACAUGUGCGUCAUUCUGUCGGCCAAUCAGAACAACAUCGACGACGCCUCUCUGCAGGACAAGGAGUGUAUUCUGGCGUCGCUCAACAUCAAGUCCAUGCAGUUUGACGACAGCAUUGGACUCCUGCAGGCCAACUCUCAAGGCUUCACUCCUCCGGGCAUGGAUCGCUCGUCUCCGGAGAACAGUCCCGUUCACGGAUUGGUGCGACAGGCGUCUAUAACCACGGGAGCAAACAUUCCCAUCAUCACCGAGCUCGCUAAAACAGACAAGCUGCUGCCCCUGGUUUCUCUGAGCCAGGACAAGAGCAGCGGGAACAACAUCCCAAUGAUAACGGAGCUGGUGAACGACUCAAACGUCCAGUUUCUGGACCAGGACGAUGACGACGACCCCGACACGGAGCUGUACCUCACCCAGCCCUUCGCCUGCGGGACAGCGUUCGCCGUCAGCGUGCUGGAUUCAUUAAUGAGUGCCACGUACUUCAAUGAUAACAUCCUGACCCUGAUCCGGACGCUGGUGACCGGCGGAGCCACGCCGGAGCUGGAGGGUCUUCUGGCGGAGGAGAACGCUCUGCGCGGGGGAUACAGCACACCGCAGACGCUGGCCAACAGAGACCGCUGCCGGGUCGCUCAGCUGGCGCUUUACGACGGGCCCUUCGCUGACCUCGGGGAUGGAGGCUGUUACGGAGAUUUAUUCUGUAAAGCGCUGAAGACGUACAACAUGCUGUGUUUUGGGAUCUACCGAUUAAGAGACGCUCAUCUGGGAGCACCCAGUCAGUGCACCAAACGAUACGUGAUCACGAAUCCCCCGUACGACUUCGAGCUGGUGCCUACAGACCUGAUCUUCUGCCUGAUGCAGUUUGACCACAACGCCGGCCAGACGCGCUCCAACCUGUCCACUCAGUCCAGCUACUGCCCGAGCAAGAAGAGCCCGUCCGCCCACUCCAUCCCCGCCUCCGCCCGGCCGGGCCGCAGCCGGAGCCGGGACCUGCGCGACAAACAGAAUGCGUCCAGGACGAAUAGAGGGCUUUCAGAUAAAAACCGGUACACAGACGAACCUGAGAGCAGCUUCCCUAGAAACACGCAAACCAAACACACCAACGCACACACAGCCAAUCAGAGCGCUCAGUACAAACCCACCAGCAGCGUCAUCCAGCCAAUCAGAGAAGUGGAGGAGGAGCCUUGAGACAGCCUCGCCUGGACUUCGCUGGUUCUCAGCUGCUUUCGCUUCUGGAGAUCGAAUGGUGACCGAACGAGACCGACACUGUUUAUCACAAGCAAGAAAAAGGCUUUCUUAAACCCUCGUAAUGCAUUCAGGUCUGUUCUGAGCUGCAGGAGACGCAGCAAAAUUGCAAAAAAGACCACGCAAUUUUUGAAUUCUUAAAAUAAAAACAAAUGUAAUUUUGACGCCGAGCACAGUACAUACGUCUAUCCUCAGUUAUCUAUGGCGUUGCAUUAGUGUCAAAAACAUUCGUAAAAUAUAUUUAGAAGGAGUGUAAAAAUUCAUUAUUUAGUCGUUUGGAACGCUCUCGUCAGAGGAAGUGAUGUCAUUUCCUCCUCAUCUUCAGCUGGGGGUGUUCCCAUGACAACGAACGGGGCGUCCGCAGACGUCGCUCUUUUAAUGUCAUAAAGGUCUUUUUAUUGCUUUCAGCGUAACUGUCGCAAAUAAACACGCAUUUUAUAUGUUUUUAAAAUGAGCUAAUAUAUAUAUAUAUAUAAAUGUGAAUAACACUUAAGAUACUGAAGAUAAGGACAUUACAUCCAAACGACUAAAUAAUGAGUGUACACUAACAAGGGGAUAAGGAUGAUCACUUUGUGAUGCAUAAUACGUGUAUUGUUACACCCCUAAUAUUUAGGCUCUUCCCCACAUCUCACUAACUUUUGGGACUGAAUUUUCGCUGAUAAACACAGGAGUAAUAUAUCUAUGUUUCGUUUUAUGCAUCUUCUGAAAUACAGAGAUACAGCCGUCUGAAAAAUGAGGGAUCUGAGGGUGAAAACAAAUCCAAAUACUGAUAAAAUCGCCUUAAAAGUGAAGUCCUUAGCAAUGCAUGUUACUUAUCAGAAAUUAAGUUUUGUUGUAAUUUCAUAAAACAUCUCCAUGGAACAUAUAUCGCUAAUGAUUUCUGCCGUAUACAUGGAUUUUGGCAUUUCGACUGUUUUUGGCUAUUGCUACAAACAUACCUGUGCUACUUGUUUUCUAAGAUUUGUAGUUUCAUAAAUUUAUGCUAAAGCUUUUGAGCAACGAUGCAUAAUAAAGUCUCAGAUUGUAGAUAGCUAUAUAUAUAUAUAUAUAUAUACAUUGUAUGACACAGUAGUUCAACUUUUUUUUGGCCGUCUUCGUAAAAAGAUUUGAAAAUACCGCCUAGGUUUGACUGAUUAAGCUGUCGGCCUCUAACUCGCGCUUCUCGCGAACAAUUAGCAGAUGUGCAUAAAAGCAUCCUUUUAACGAACGGAGUAGAAUAAGGACGGCACGCAAGCGUAACGGAAAGAAAAGACAAGCUGGAAGUAACGGCCCAAACCUGUGGGCGAAAACAAGGAUGUAAACGUGUGUGCAAAAAAAACGCACCGAAUAAGCAAACAUGAAAAGGAGACGCUAGGAAUCAUCCCAGCUCUUAAUUAAAACUGCUUAUUAUGGUAAACGUGCUGAUUUUACUGCUCACUGUAAAGUGUGUGUUGGUCUCUACUUCUACUGGGGGUUUGUUGGGUUUUAAUGGUCGUUGUUGAUGGUUCGAGUGUCUAAUAAUAGGCUAUUUGCUGUGUAACCAUGAUUUCUCAUCUUACUAGUUUUCUUCAGCAAGGAGGAUAGUUUGUGAUUUGAUCUUAGGACUACUUUUAGUGCUAAAGUGCUUUGCGAGAUAUUCGUUUAUUAGCCUCGUUUUUAAGACUCUGCUGCUGUGACGUCGCCACGUGAUUUCAUUAAAAAAAAGGCUUACGGGUGUGAAAACUGUACAGAUUUCGAAUGCAUUAUGACGGCUAAAGUAAUGAAGGGGGAAACAAUCACGUCGCCAUGCCCUUUGAGAUAUCUUAUUAUUUAUUUAUUUUUUACAGUCUGUCUGAUUUUUAUUGUUGAAUGCAUCGCAAACAAUCUGUAAAACCCUGCGUUGUGUGCAUUUCAAUUACUGCAUCAAGCAUUGUUGUUCUCUCUCUGUCUAUAUAUAUAUAUAUAUAUAUAUAAAUACUUAUCGCUCAUGGCUAGUUGAGAACCACUGGUUUUGGACACAAGUGUCAGAACUAGAACUAGAACUAGAAGAGCGUAGAAUGUACUUCGAUGACAGGAACCUAUUCGACUAUGAGCUGAAUAUGUAUAAAGACGAUUUUGGAUGGUUUUGGUGGUUACUGUCGUGAAAUGAGCCGAUUGUCCGCCACAGGUCGCACGGAGCAGGCACGGGUCCUCCCUCGGUCCGGCUCGGGAUUGGCCGCCGAAUCCAAAACCAAUCCAGAUGCUGGACACACGAAACCUAGUAAACAUCGAAUGGCAGCUUCCGCAGCGUUCUUGUACCAAUGAUUAUGCACCGUAGCAAUAAAGGUUUAGUUGGGUAACCAUGCAUUUUAUGGCUUCUGACCUCACCGGGUAGGAAAUAAUGCACCGUUUCAUCCCUAUGAAAUGAGAGCGAAAUGCAUUCCACAUGUUGUGCCGAUGGAGUUGUUUGCUUUUUACUGUUAACAUCGAAGUGCCGUACAACACUUGACGCGCAUUCAUUUGUCGCCUCGAGCUUCCGUCCACUUCUUCAGUCCCUCCAGCGCCGAUCAGGUUAACCGCGCGCUUUAUUAACCCGCGUACGCGCUUCACGUGAGCCUUAACAGAGCUGAUCUGAGAUCAGCAGAGCCGGGCUCGAGGGAGGACCCGCGGAAGACCCGCUCCAGCGAAAAGUGGCCCUCGAAUCAACGGGAAGGAGAAACCGUGCGAUUGUUUAAAGACUGGAGGACUGAAGAGUGGCGUGAAGGAGCUCGCGGCGUUAGUGUUAGGGAUUCACACGUGUUGAGUGUGAACCGUGGGUUUAAAGAGAGAGACGCAUUUCAUAUGAUAUACAUGGCAACGCAGAUAUAAAUACAUUAUAAUGUACAAAAGGCUGUAAAUAAAAUGUACAUGAUUUUGUAUUUUCACAGAAUAAAUAUGGAUGUAUUA